GACAGGAUUCACUCCCAGGACUGGUGUCUAAAGUACGGGCUGCUGCGGAGCGCUGGAACCAGUCGACACACCUUACAAACAUCUUUGUUUGUUCGCGCGGUCUGUUUAGCCUCUCUUCAACAAUGGCGUCUGUGGCUGCAACUCCAACCGGCCAGAGAGGCACGUGCGGCAGCAGCACUCCGCUGAGCCCGACCAGGAUCACCAGACUGCAGGAGAAGCAGCAGCUCAGGGACCUCAACGACCGCCUGGCCGUUUACAUCGAUAAAGUCCGAAGUUUGGAGUCUGAGAACCAAGUGCUGCAUCUGCAAAUCAGCGAGAAGGAAGAGGUUCGGAGUCGCGAGCUGAGCGGAGUGAAGGCGCUGUACGAGACGGAGCUAGCCGACGCCAGGAGGUCUCUGGACGACUCGUCCAAGGAGCGGGCCUGGCUGCAGAUCGAGCUGGGCAAGAUCAAGUCCGAGCACGAGCUGCUUCAGCAAAACUACAACAAGAAGGAUGCUGACGCAGCAGCAGCUCAGGCCCGACUGAAGGACUUGGAGGCUCAGCUGAACUCCAAAGAGGCCAUGUUGGCUACAGCGCUGUCUGAGAAGAGGGGUCUGGAAGCAAUGCUCGCUGAACUGCAAGAACAACUUCAGGAUUUGGAUACAGGUCUUGCUCAGGCCAAGAAGCAGCUCGCAGAUGAGAUGCUUCUGCGUAUUGACCUUGAGAACCGUUGUCAGAGUCAGAUGGAGGAAAUGGACUUCAGAAAGAGCAUGCAUGCAGAGGAAGUGAAGGAGGCCCGGCAGCGGUACGAAACCCGGCUGGUGGAGGUGGACUCUGGACGGAAGGAGGAGUAUGAAUAUAAACUGACACAAGCGCUGGUUGACAUGAGGACUCAGAAUGAGGAGCAGAUCAAGAUCUACAAGGACAACCUGGAGUCCACCUAUAAAGCCAAACUGGAAGACUUGCAUCAUCUAUCUGAGAUGAACGGAGCUUCAGCCAGCAUGGCCCGAGAGGAUCUGAGAGAGUCUGCCCUGAGGAUUGAGAGCCUCUCCGCCCAGCUGACAGGACUACAGAAGGAGACUCGUGGAUGGCGAGAUCGUAUCGCAGAGCUCGAGGCAGCUUUGGUGCAUGAGAAAGACAUGAGCCGCAAACUUCUGGCAGACAAAGACCGUGAGGUGUCAGAGGUUCGAGCCAAGAUGCAGCAGCAGCUGAGUGAGUACGAGCAGCUGCUGGAUGUGAAGCUGGCCUUGGACAUGGAGAUCAAUGCUUACCGCAAACUCCUGGAAGGAGAGGAAGAAAGACUGAAGCUGUCUCCGAGUCCUUCGUCUCGUGUCACCGUGUCUCGAGCCUCGUCCAGCAGUCGCAGCGUUCGCACCACUCACGGAAAGAGGAAGCGCAUCGACGUAGAGGAGCAGGAAGCCAGCAGCUCGGUGUCCAUCGCCCACUCUGCCUCAGCCACAGGAUCCGUCUGCGUUAAUGAGAUCGACACCGACGGCAAGUUCAUCUGCCUUGACAACACUGGAGAUGAAGACCAGGCCAUGGUGGGGUACGAGAUGGUGAAGACCAUUGGAGGUGCUGCAGCCACCUAUAAGUUUACACCCAAGUUUGUCCUGAAAGCUGGGCAGAAAGUCACGAUUUGGGCAUCUGAUGCUGGUGUGAGCUCCAAACCUCCCACAGAUCUGGUGUGGAAGAGCCAGUCGUCCUGGGGGUCGGGGGAAGACGUCUGUGUGGUUCUGAUGAACCCACAGGGAGAAGAAGUGGCCAAAAGGAUCACCACGUAUAAGACGACAGUAGAGCAGGUAGAGGAAGAUGAUGAAGUCGAGGUCGUUGAGGAAGAGCUGUUCCAACAGCAGGGAGGCCCUCAUGCUGCCAAGAGAAACUGCUCCAUCAUGUGAUCCACUCCACCUGAACACCACCUCCUCUGAGCCCAGCCACUCUGCUGCCAACUAUAAUAGUACUAUUUUUCUAUCUUUUUUUAGUGUGUUUCAGCUAUAAAACAUGGUUUUAUCUGUUUUCAUUUGUCCAAAUAUUCAUACACU